UUUUUUUUUUUCUAUUUAACUUCAUCUACCACAUUCCUUGAAACGAUUAUUUUAUGAAACUCCAUCAGCUUUUUAUAAUGCGGUGGUAUUUUACUUUUCUUUUACUUUAUUUACCUUUUGUCCAAUCUACUUUAUUUGACAAACGACAAGCUGUAGCGUCUCAAUCAUGUGGUGAUCGUGAUCAAACAGUGGCAAUAUGUUCGCCUUCCACUACUGAUGUUUGGUACAACAAUACAUAUCAUGAACUAUAUUGGAAAUACAAUAAUGCAGUUUUCAAUGGUUUUGAAACCUUGACAUUCUAUUUAUUACAACAAACCAAUUCAACCAAUUAUAAACAAAUCAAAUCUUUUGAUGUCGUUCAUGCUGUUGGUGUACAAGUGGUUCUUAUUGACGAUUCUUGGUAUCCUGCCCCCAUUCCAGAUAAUUCUCCCAAUGUUACUAGAAUUGUCUAUGCGUACUUACUUGGAUCUGGUGUUGAUCUUCAACAAGAAUUAGCUAAUCCUUUAUCUAUAUAUCCAAGACCUACACAAUUUACUCUUAUACAAAAUGCUCAUAACACUACAUCCAAUUCAACAUCACCAUCUUCAUCACCAUCUUCAUUAUCUUCAACAUCAGCAUCAUCUAACAAUCAAGGCUCAUCAUUACCUCCUUGGGCUAUUGCCAUUAUUGUUAUUGCCGCCGUCGCCAUCACUAUCGCUGCAAUUGCUCUCGCUUGGUUAAUACGAAACAUACGAAAGAAUCGAAAACAUCAACCACUCAAUAAAUCUGAUUUAGAUAGUUCUGAAGGAUUAAACAACUUGGCUCCUAGCAAUACAACUGUACCAGAAACAACACCAGUACCGAAGAAUAUUGUCAACAAAAACACCAAUAUGAAUCAUAUCGAAACCCGUGAUCUCCCGUCAUCCAUUCAUUCAUCAGCGCCCAUGAUCAGGGGCUCACCUACUGUACCUUCGCCUUCGUCAAUAGAAAGAUCACCUAGCAUUACGACAAAUACCACUUCUGCAACCAACAAUUCUCCCAAUGUAAACAUGACUGCUGUACAUCAUAUGCAUGCUGAUGCUUCCAAUCCUCACCAAACAAGCUCUAUUUUGAGUUCAACGGAUGCUUUGAUGAUCGCUGAUACUUUCCGUCAAUUUAUGCGAAAACCGGAUUGGUCAGAUACUCCUGGAACAACCGAUCAAGAAAAUGAUGAUGAAACAGACGAACAGAAACGAACUCGAGUCGCCAAUACACUUUUACAAAAACAAUUAGCAGUAGAUGGUACUACAGUUAAAGAUAUUGAACGAAAGUCAUGAUUUUUUUUUUUUAGUAUAGUUUAUUUAUCCUAGUUUUUAGUUUCUCUCUUUUUUUUUAUGUAAUCCAUUUAUAUUUAUUCGAUCCUUCUCCUUUUUUUUUUUUUAAAGCAAUACCCCACACUUAUUCUUUUACUCUUCAACUUGUACAAUAAAAAGAAUCGAAAUUUUUUUUUCCAAGUCCGAGUCUUCUUUUUCCACUUUUUUUAUUUAUUU